GGCGGAAUGUGCGAAGAAGAAGAGAACAAAAAGCAAGCGAAAAAUCUUUAAUCGUAUUUAAAUGUAUAAAUGCAUACAACUCCACAUCUUUCAAGCUUCAGCACUCUUCUAAAGCAAAACUAAUAAACUUUAAGCCAACCCAAGCACAGCUGCCACCGCGUAUUUGCCCCUCCACACCGCCAAAGAACUGAGUUGAGCCAAAAAAUCGAAAAUCUUGCGUCGACGGACGGCCCGAAGGUAUCCAUCCCUACACGCAAGAAGAAAAGUCAGUCAUUUAUAGGCUGAGCACUGAGAAGCGUUUUCGCCAAAUUGAGCCUCCCAGAGCAUUGACCGGAUUCCUGCCCAGGCGGCUAGGGUGUUAUAACCAACGAACUGCCCCGCCACAGCCAGAAGCAGACUAUGUCUGACUUUCUGCUUCAACAGAAUCCACAAGAGCAUACAUAGCCAUGGCUGCGACGAGGAAACUGCAAGGCGAAAUUGAUCGAUGCUUAAAAAAAGUAGCCGAGGGCGUCGAAACAUUUGAAGAUAUUUGGAAGAAAGUACACAAUGCUACGAACACUAACCAGAAGCAAAAACAUCUGCAGGAGAAAUAUGAGGCAGAUCUCAAAAAGGAAAUCAAGAAGCUUCAGCGAUUACGAGAUCAAAUUAAAUCGUGGAUUGCAUCGGCCGAGAUCAAGGAUAAAAGCGCAUUGCUCGAAAAUCGAAGACUCAUUGAGACGCAAAUGGAACGUUUCAAGGUGGUCGAGCGUGAGACAAAAACAAAGGCUUAUUCCAAGGAAGGCUUGGGCGCCGCACAAAAAAUGGAUCCAGCGCAGCGGAUCAAAGACGAUGCGCGAAAUUGGUUAACCAGCUCAAUUAGCUCACUGCAAAUACAGAUUGAUCAAUACGAAAGCGAAAUUGAGUCUCUGCUGGCGGGCAAAAAGAAACGAUUAGACCGGGAUAAGCAGGAGCGCAUGGACGAUCUGCGAGGCAAGCUGGACAGGCAUAAAUUUCACAUAACAAAGCUGGAAACUCUGCUUCGAUUGCUCGACAACGAUGGCGUCGAAGCGGAUCAGGUGAACAAGAUCAAGGACGAUGUCGAAUACUACAUUGAUUCGUCUCAAGAGCCCGACUUCGAGGAGAAUGAGUUCAUCUACGACGACAUCAUUGGCCUGGACGAGGUGGAGCUCAGCGGUACGGCGACAACGGACAGCAACAAUAGCAACGAAACCAGUGGGUCGCCUAGCAGUGUCACCUCCGGUGGCAGUCCCUCCCAAUCGCCCGUCACAGUACAACAAGUGCUGCCGGCAUCCGUGCAGGCGGCAGCGAAUACUGGUAGCAGCGCAGCCAGCGCCGCCUUGUUCCAGCAACAGCAGGCCGCCGCCGCCGCAGCCGCCGCGGCCCAGUCGAAUGGCAGCAAUGUGGGUUAUGCGAGCGAUACCAGCGCAGCCUCAUCAUCGGCAACAACAUCGACGGAUCCGGCGGGCAGCACGGCUACCUUAAGCGGAGGUGUAGGUGGAGGCGGAGGCAGCGGCGAUAAACGCAACAAAAGCAGCGAAAGCAAUACCAACAGCAAACCGAAACCUCAACCUCAGCAGAUCAUUAAGCCCACGCCUGUUCGUGCGACGCCCAAGGCGAUUCCGGGUAGUGAACCUCAAGCAAAGAUUGUCAGCUCAACGCCCAGCAAAACCCAGCAGCUGCCCACGGCUGCAGCGGUGGUGGCUGCCUCAAGCGCAGCGCCGAGCAGCAGUAGUGGCAGUGGCAGCGGCAGUGGCAGUGUCAGUGGAAGCUCUAGUGCUAGUGCAGGCACGGGGGCGGCAGUAUCAAUAGCCAGUGGUCACAAUCCUGCCGUACAGCCGCAUGCCCCAACGCCUGGCCUGACCGCCGCCAGCAUCGCAGCUGCAGCAGCAGCAACCGCAGCAGCCGUCUCGAGUGCAGCAGCAGCUGCAGCUACACCGGCGAUUGCAAGUAUCAGCAACGUUCAAGGCCAAUCUGUGAUUCAAGCAACACCAACAAUUGCAUUUGCGGCGGUGGCAAAACACAAUACAUCACUCCUGGAAAAUGGUCCUGUACUGCAGCAGCCAACAGCCACAACGGUAGCCGCCAUUGUGGGAGCGGGACCGGCACAGACCACACAACAGCCACAACACCAGCAGCAGCAACAACAGCAGCAGCAACAGCCGGCACAAUUAUCCAAUCUUCAAACAAAUUCCUCACACUUACAAAAUGGUCUACCUGUCUCGGUCAGUAGUAGUGACAGUAAUAGCAAUGUCGUUGAUGCAAUUUCAUUGAAAACCAUGGCCCAGGAAGCCAUCAAUCGAUCCGCGAUCGAUGCCAACUCGCUAAGCCAGCAGCAGCCACAACAGCAGCAACAACAGCAGCAGCAGCAGAGCAACAUUGACACGAGGCAGCAGCAGCAGCAGCAGCAACAGCAGCAGCAGCAAUCACUCCUACAACAGCAUUUUAGCACGGAAAAUACUGCCAACCAGCCGCAGCAAGUGGCAACGCAACAGCAGCAGCAAAAUGCGGCUGCAGUUGCAGCGGCAGCAGCGGCGGCAGCGGCUGCAAUGGGUACAAUUGCGGCUGCAGCACAUGCCGCGGCAGCCAGCAGCAAUGGAUCCACAGCUGGCAGUGGUCUCAUGAAUCUGGCAAAUGCUGCAGGUCAGCCAACCAGCGGUGGUGCCAAGACGCAUGCUUCGCAGCAGCAAAUGGCCACAACGGAAGCGCACAUUCCUACACUGCUGGGAGUAACGCCAUUGGGGCCAACGCCACUUCAGAAAGAACAUCAGAUGCAGUUCCAAAUGAUGGAGGCCGCCUUCUAUCACCUGCCACAGCCCAUGGAUACAGAGAAGCUGCAAACGUAUUUCCAUCGCGCCCCAGUGCCCACACCAGCACACUACCCCCAGGCACAGCUGCCCAUAUAUGAUACUGUUGAAUUUUAUCAACGCCUCUCAACGGAGACGCUGUUUUUUGUAUUCUACUACAUGGAGGGCUCCAAGGCCCAAUAUCUGGCUGCAAAGGCACUGAAAAAGCAAAGCUGGCGAUUCCACACCAAAUACAUGAUGUGGUUUCAAAGGCACGAGGAGCCCAAGAUUAUCAACGAUGAUUACGAACAGGGUACGUACAUCUAUUUUGACUAUGAGAAAUGGAGUCAGCGAAAGAAGGAGGGAUUCACCUUUGAAUACAAGUACUUAGAAGACAAGGAGCUAAAUUGAUAAUGUUGCCGAUGUGUGUUGCUUCGUCUGUCUAUAAGAAAAUCAAUCCAUUAAAACAAUAAAAGAAACCAAUACCAUUUUCAUAUAGAACCACAAUCCAAUCCACUCCCAAACCCACAAACCAUAACCCAUACAUACAUACGCCUAGAAACAAUAAACAACAGAGAGAGAGAGAGUAAGAGAGAGAUCGAUCAAGAAGAAGAGAGAACGAAAUUAAGCGAUAACGCGAGCAAGCUGUAAACAUAAGUUAAACGGAAAAAAUGAAGUAUGAUUAUUGUUCGGAAUGCAUGUAAAAAACAUAUGCUUUUUUUAUAUAAAUGUUUUAUUGUUUAUAAUUACGUUUAUUUUUUUUGUUUUACAAAAUUCGAACCAUCCAGGCAACAAGAGCAAACAAGUUGAGAGAUAAUGAAUAAGAGAACCAUGCAGAGUCCAGACCCUAGACCCCCCGCUCCAUGUCGCUUAGCGUUCCUUCAUAUCCAAUCCAUAAAUCCAUGCAAAUAGCAUUGCAAAUAGUUACACGUGAUUCCCCCUCUCAACUCCCUAAUCGCAUAAUGUAUAAAAGUCGCAUUCGAGUGCAGUACACUUUUAAUUCUAAAAAAAAGAAAAAAGAAAACAUAAAAA